AAAGGGAAAACAGUUGUAUCCAUGCUACACUUUGGCGUAGACAUAGACUGUCUCGACUUUUCCUAAACUUGCGUUUAGAACUCGUAUUGGGAUAUCCUUGAAAGUCAAGCCGUACUUCAUAGGUACCAUAAUAACCAGGGAAUCGGGCUGUUUAUAGCUGCAGAGAGGACUCAAAUAUUAUGGAGUGGUUGACAUGGAUGAUAAUAUUAAUAGUAAUAGCCCUGGUUAUUGUGUUUGCAAUUCUGGAUGGAGAUAUUCUCUUGAUGUAUGCAGAAAGAUAUGGAUUAAAACCUGAUGUUUUACAAGAGAAAGUUGUUUGGAUAACAGGCGCUUCUAGUGGACUGGGAGAAUACUUGGCUUAUGAGUUAGCAGCAGUGGGUUGCAAGCUUGUGCUCUCUGCCAGGAAUGAGAACGAACUGGAGAGAGUGAAGAAAGCAUGCAUUGCUAAUGGCAAAGUGACAGAAUCUAGUGUAAUGGUUCUUCCAUUGGAUGUCACAGACUAUAGUAUGCAUGCUGGCGCUGUUGGCAAGGUGCUUCAGGUCUUUGAAAGGAUAGAUGUCCUGGUGAAUAAUGCAGGUAGAAGUCAGAGAGCAUUGUUUGCUGAUGUGGAUUUAGAAGUGGAUAAGGCAUUGUUUGAAGUCAACGUGUUUGGCCCGAUAGCCCUGACCAGAGAGGUCCUGCCGCACAUGAUAGCCAACAAGUCUGGACACAUUGUGGUCACAAGCAGCAUCACAGGAAAAUUUGGUACCCCAAUAUGCAGUUCUUACUGUGCAACUAAACACGCCAUGCAAGGUUAUUGUAAUUCCCUUCGUGCUGAAGUACAUGCUGACAACAUCAAGGUGACUGUAGUUAACCCGGGUCCUGUCAAGUCCAAUAUUUUGAGAGCUGCUGCCACGGCUAAUGUUGGAGAAGUGCUGGGUCCUGAUGCAUGUGCCUCAUUGGAUAUGGUUCGGAUGCCAACAGAGAGAUGUGCCCACCUUAUGGCCGUGGCCAUUGCUAACCAGUCAUCAGAAGUCUGGAUUUCAACACACCCAGUAUUGUUUUACGCAUAUCUUGCACAAUAUUGUCCAUGGUUAUUUGACUCAUUGCUUAUUAUGGGAUCAAAGAAGAGGAUACAGGGAUUCAAGGAUUGGAAAGCAAAAAGAGAGUGAUUAUAGCCUCAUUCCAGUAUGAAACUAAUACUGCAUGUUGCAUAUGUGUUCAAGUUACUGAACUUGGAACAUGUGAUUUUCUCAUUUUUCUGCUCAAGUGUCAAAAUUGUAAUUUUAUUUAAGUCUAAAUAUGUGUUUGUCUAACUCUUAAUACCCAAGCCUUUGAGGUUAAUGAUAUGUGUUUUUGAGAUGCAUGUAACACUGAUGUGUAUCAUGAGACACUGGCUAAGACCAGUGCCAUUUGAACCAGACUGACUACUGGAAGUACACCAUUGUUAAGCAGUCAGAACAAUGAGUGGAUGAGCCAGAUAACAUAAGGUUGAUACAGGCUAUACAGCAUGACCUGAACAUUGAGUUUUCAGAGACUGUCCUGUAAACAGUUGUAGUUAAAACAAUGCUAGAAGCAUCCUGGUAUAGAUGUUUCCUUCUGUCAUCAUACAAAACCUAAAUGUGGACAUUCCUUGGUUUUUACAGUGUGAUCCUUUUCAUUUAAAUGUGGUUGUGGGUGGUAGUUUAUGAUGUGCAAAUUGAAACUGCUGUUAAACUAUGAAGACCUGUCUGUCAAAGGACCAAGAAGAUACAUAUAACUGUGCAUCAGAAAUUAACAAAACAAUCAAGUCAACAGAGUUGAAUGUUGAAGUUUAUGUGAGUGCUGUAUUUAUUUUAAUGUUCAUUCUUUUUACAUUGAUGUUAUGCAGAUUUGAUUUAUUUAGCAUUAUAUUCAGUUAUGUAAGAUAAACUAUACAUUCCUUGAUAAAAAUGUUGUAAACAUUACGCUAAUAUUUGAGUCUGUUGGGAUGCAUUGUUACGCUGGAUUCUGUUACACUUGAAUUCAUGCGACAAAAACUGAAGACAUUUUAGCAGUUGACAGCAAUGGUCUUUAGUCUGUAAAUCCAUUAAAAUCUUGGCAAGAAAAAUAAUUACUAAAGAGGUAAACUUUUUUACAUUAUGAGGCAUGUUUCAACCCUGCAUCAUAGGGUCUUGACCAUGUGACUUGUGGCCAGAAAAAUUCAUUUAGAGACAAUUUACUUUUUUACCAAUAUU